CCUUCGAUUUCCCAUUUUCUCCCAAGUCAAAAAGGCGAGACUCAAACACUUCCUCAUAAUCCCCUGAAUCUCUCUCUACUUUUCCUAGUCCCCAAGCCAGAUCUCUCUCUCUCUCCCCCUUAAAUCUCUCUGUCUCUACUAUCAUCAGAGCGAUCCUCGCUUGUUGUAUUUUUAUUUCAGCCCUUUGAAAUCUCGUCUGCUUUUUCUCUAACAAAAGAUGGCGAUGAUAGAGCAAAAGCCGAAGACGAAGAUCGUGUGUACCCUCGGUCCCGCUUCCAGAUCCGUUGAGAUGGUGGAGAAGCUCCUCAAGGCCGGUAUGAACGUCGCUAGGUUCAACUUCUCUCACGGAUCUCACGAGUACCACCAGGAGACUCUCGAUAACCUCCGUCAAGCCAUGCUCAACACUGGCAUCCUCUGCGCCGUCAUGCUCGACACCAAGGGUCCAGAAAUCCGAACCGGUUUCUUGAAGGAUGGGAAACCAAUCCAGUUGACACAAGGCCAAGAGAUCACCGUUUCCACUGACUACGACUUGCAGGGAGACGAGGAAACGAUCUGCAUGAGUUACAAGAAGCUGGCCGAAGAUGUGAACCCGGGGAUGGUUAUACUCUGUGCCGACGGUACAAUCUCGCUACUUGUCCUCUCUUGUGACACAGAGAACGGCACAGUCCGUUGCCGCUGCGAGAACUCUGCGAUGCUCGGUGAGAGGAAGAACGUUAAUCUCCCUGGUGUCGUUGUGGAUCUCCCAACUCUAACUGAGAAAGACAAAGAAGACAUCAUGAAGUGGGGUGUUCCCAAUCAAAUCGACAUGAUCGCUCUGUCUUUUGUCAGAAAAGGUUCGGACUUGGUUCAGGUCAGGAAACUACUCGGAGAUCAUGCCAAGAACAUUCUUCUCAUGUCAAAGGUUGAGAACCAAGAAGGUGUGGCCAACUUCGAUGACAUCUUGGUCAACUCCGACGCCUUUAUGAUCGCAAGAGGAGAUCUCGGCAUGGAGAUCCCGAUUGAGAAGAUCUUCUUAGCUCAGAAAGUUAUGAUCUACAAAUGCAACAUCCAGGGAAAACCAGUGGUCACAGCGACUCAGAUGCUCGAGUCCAUGAUCAAAUCCCCUCGACCCACGAGAGCUGAAGCCACCGACGUAGCGAACGCAGUCCUCGACGGCACCGACUGCGUCAUGCUCAGCGGAGAGACCGCAGCUGGAGCUUACCCUGAGCUAGCUGUGCGUACAAUGGCUAAGAUAUGCGUUGAAGCGGAGAGCACGCUUGACUACGGAGACGUCUUCAAGAGAAUCAUGCAGUACUCUCCGGUUCCAAUGUCCCCGCUUGAGUCGCUGGCCUCUUCUGCAGUGAGAACAGCUAACUCGGCUAGAGCCACUCUCAUCAUGGUCCUGACCAGGGGAGGAAGCACGGCGAGGCUUGUGGCUAAGUACAGGCCAGGGAUGCCUAUCUUAUCAGUCGUUGUUCCCGAGAUGAAAACCGACUUCUUUGACUGGUCUUGCAGCGACGAAUCCCCGGCGAGGCACAGCCUCAUAUUCCGUGGUCUGAUCCCGGUGCUGUACGCAGGGUCUGCAAGAGCCUCGCAUGAUGAGUCGACAGAAGAAGCUAUCGAGUUUGCGACUCAGCAUGGGAAAGAGAAGCAGCUGUGUAAGACUGGAGACUCUGUUGUUGCUCUGCUCCGAGUUGGUAAUGCUUCCCUUAUCAAGAUCUUGACCGUCAAGUGAUGAUGAUGAUUCACCAUCUUAAAAAGAAAUUCACGUUUUUGGCGUUCGGUGGAAACGCAAGUAUGAGCGGUUUUAUUAUACAUUUUAUUCAAGAUUGGGACUACAAAUCUUGAAAUAGAAAACUCAAGUUUAUUUUUUGAAUGACUACUGUGGUGACCAGUGAAUCCACUUACGGCUCUUUAUUUUGGUUUAUAUUUGGUUGUAUGGAACUAAUCAAUCAUACACGUAUCUAUUAUCAUGA